UGAUAUAUACAAGAUCGUUAUGUUGUAAAAGCUUUGCUGUGAGUUUGUGUCUCGUUUUUAUAGUUUCUGGACGAGUGAUUAGUAAAAGCAAUCAUGAAUUCUAUUUCUAAUGAAAAAGAAGGAACGUUUGGUGUAUCAUCCAUGGAUUUUUCAGUGUUGUGCUUUAAAGUUAUACUAAAUAAAAUGGCUUUUGCGUGGAAAAUGUAAGAUUGAUAAGAUAAGCAACCAUGGACCAUCGUCAUUGUGCCCAAGAUGUUUUACGGUGUCGUUUAUGCAAAACACCAGCCCCUCCUAUGUACUGUGACAUUUGUCACAUACAUCUAUGUAAAGGCUGCGUGGGGGAACAUCUAUCCAACCAACCUUUACAACACAAAGUUGUUCCAUUUAACGAGCGUGGUUCGACUUUUAUAUGUCCAAAACAUUCCCCUAAAUUGUGUGAACUUUACUGUGAACAGUGUGACAAUCCUAUUUGUGUGCUGUGUGCUUCAUCUGAAGAGCAUCAGUGUCAUAAGUUUGUUGACUUGACGAAUGCACUUGAAAGGCAUACACAGAUUUUACAACAAGAUUUACAUGAAUUGGAAAAUGUUAUUUAUCCGAAAUAUCAAGAAAUUGCAUCUUCCUUCCCGAUCAAGAUGGCUGAUCUCAAUGACAACUCAAAGAAACUGACGGAAGCUUUUGACAAACAUGGAAAACAAUUGCAUAUGGAGAUAGAUACCAUUAUCGCAAAUUUAAAAUUUGAUCUUGAAGAAAUGGAUUUGAAAUAUAUUACUUUCUUAAAUGAACAGGAAGACGAAAUUACUCGAAAGGUUUCUGAAAUCACUCAGACCAUUGCUGACUUAAAGAAAUUACUGAACACAAAUGAUUUCAGCCAGGUAUCUGCGUACAAAUCCAUGAAUGCUGAAUUUAGACAAUUGCCUCCUCAAAUUUCAGUUUCCCUACCACGUUUUACUCCACAAACAAUUAACAGAGAACAAAUUUAUCAGCAGUUUGGCUUCAUGUCAGAGUUAGUUAUUAAAACAGAAAAACCAGAUAGACUGCUAAUUGAUGAACCAAAAGUGAUCUCAGUCACCGAAACCGAGUUCGGAGAAAGUAAAAAUUUACAUAGUGUGUCCUGUCUAAAUCAGGAAGAAGUAUGGGCAUGUGGUCAGGAUAAUAUGAUCCGACUUUACAAUCUCAAGGGAGAACUAGUAAAGGCAAUCCAUACCAAGACCGGAAAUAAUCCAGAAAAUAUAACAGUCACGAGAAAUGGCGAUCUGCUGUAUACUGAUGUAGAUAAAAGAACCGUAAAUAUAGUGAAAAAUUCACACAUACAAAAACUAUUACGAUUAAGAGGAUGGAGACCCUUUGGUGUCACUAGCACUUCCUCCGGCGACCUUCUAGUUGCCAUGGACAGUGACGACUAUAAACAUUCUAGAAUUGUGCGUUACUCUGGUUCAUUGCUGCUGAAUUGUAUUGAGGUAGAUGAGCAUGGAGAACCUCUAUUUUCACCCGGCCGUUACAUUAGAUACAUCAGCGAGAAUAAAAACCACGAUAUCUGUGUAUCCGACUGGUACGCUGGAGCAGUAGUGGUGGUCAAUCAGGCCGGGAAACUCCGGUUUACCUACACUGGUCCUGCAACUAAGACAAUGGGGUCGCUUUAUCCGUACGGGAUCACAACAGACAGCCAGAGUCGGAUCCUGAUAGCCGAUGAUAAAAACAACUGCAUUCACAUCAUAGGACAAGACGGAAAGUUCCUCCGCUUUAUUGACAACUGUGAUUUACACAGUCCGUGGGGUUUGUGUGUGGACACGAACGAUAACCUCUUUGUGGCAGAAAAGGAAGGUCAAAUAAAGAAAAUCCAAUAUUAUAUGUAAACAUAGUCUGUCUAUAUAUAAUGUGAAAUGUUGUAUAAACCAAUAAACUGAUUUGAAAAACGAUAUAUUACAUCUAAUAAAUUAAGACUGUUGGCAAAUGAACUAAUGCCUGCACCAGAGUACUUGCGUACACCUUUGGUAUUCCAA